ACUACUAUACUAAUGAUUUUAGUCAACAUAAAAAGAGCCAAGUUCAAGCGAUGAAUAGUUCCAAAAAGGAGGCAAAUUUGGAAGAACUCCGUGAUCGUGAAUCGAACGAUACUGGUUUGUUUGUGUUGCUUUUUUUCAACUUUCAACAUUGGUUGUCACAACCUGCUUAUUACAUUGCUGCAUGGGACCAGGAGCAGUAAGAAGGGUCCAGACUGCCAAGUGUUUCUCAGACUAAAGAGACUGCACUGCACUGGGCCAGUACAGUAGGCUUGUGGAAUGAUAUUUUGGGGUACAUUUGCACUCUUUGUAGACAAGUAGCACCAGUGUACUUUCUUGAAGUGCCUUCUAUAAAGAUGCAGAAACACAGCCUUCACAAUUGCUUGCUUGAAUCAUAGACGCUUGCUUGAAUCAGCCAUCGCUUUUUUUAAAAAAAUAGCAAAUUCAUUGCAUAGGUAUAGCAACAGUGACGUCAAACAGUAGUUAUAAGCAUAUUCAUUGAAGAAGCAUGACAGGAAGUAGCUAAACAUUAGUACAAGCCAGUUAAACUAUGGCCUCUCGUGGUAUAUUUGCUUUACACGCUCGAGUAAUCAGAUAAACCAACUCGGCUGCGCCUCGUGGUUUAUCAGAUUACUCUCGCGUGUAAAUCAAAUAUACCACUCGAGGCCAUUGUUUAACUAUAACUUGUAUAUACAAUGUUACAGUUAAUUACAUCAUGCAUGCAUGCCGGUACAUGAAUUACACGUAAUUGUUUCAUAUAUAUAGGUUUCGUCUCCAACGGUGAACACAACACAUUGAGAGCAAUGGGUUAUACUCGUCCGGUAUCUGUCCUUAGGAUAAAAUCAACUGUGAAGGACAAGUAUUCUAGGAUGAGUGUCAAGAAACUCCUCAUGAUGAUUACUCCAGAUGACAACUGUGAUCCGGCUCCAAUUGCUCAAGAACCCACGAGUCCAGUACCACAAGAGGUGAUUUGUGAAGUUGCCAGCCUACAAAAGAGUGGUCUAUCAUUGGAAGAUAUCGUCUCAAGGCUCAGAUGUAGGACAGUUCCAACGGGGUAUCCUAUUCAUCCAUGGAGAGCAGAUGAAGACGAGGAACUGCCUGACAAACUACGAUCCAUACUUGCUCAAUACGAGUUUGCCAAAACGAUCAAGUCCUGGGAUGCAAAAGGGGUUCCAUUCUCAACUUACCUCUAUGUACCAGAAGUGCAUCCCAUACUGAAGACUGUGUUCCAUGAGAGGGAAGAUGAAGGUCAUGUUUACAAGAGAAUGGGGGAAUCCACUCGAAAGGGAGGUCCUGACAAAAUGAAAACUGAACGCUACACUGAGGCUCUUUAUGACCCUUCAACCAAUCUGACGUACCCGGCUCUUACUGGUCAAAGAAAGCAGUCGAUCAGAGAUGUAGAGGCGUUAUUUUCCAAAGGGGUUGAGGACUUCAUGAAGCGAAAGGGUUACAAAGUUGAGGAAGAAUAUAUUAGAGCCAUUAGACGGUGGAGACUUGCCUGUGACCAGAGAGGACUCACCCAACUACAGCGCUGUCACUACAACUACGAACUUCUUUGUUUACUGUUAAGUGACCUCAUGCCCUGGUACAAAGACAUCUACGAUUUCUCUACAUUGGAAGUAACCAGACCAACUAAGGGAGUGCUUGGACUGACUCGAGAGACUGUCAUCGCUUUGACUACAAAUAUUGAAAGUCGAGAAUGGCGAAGACGAGAGAAUCGAGACCCAGAGCAUCCGAGGGCAUCAACUACAGAUGACGUAGAAUGUAUCUUCAGUAUAAUGAGAGAUAUGGUUGGAAAUCAUUUCACCCUACAGUGUGUAAAGUACAAUUGGCGGAAAGUGUGCAAUGAGUUUAUGAAGCGACUGGACCCUUCACUUCCUUUUUACUACCACACAAGUACUCACGAUAGAUUCUACGAGGGAGAUCGGCCAUCAUUUGAUGAGAAACGUGGUACAUCGUAAGGAAAUCCGAGAGCACAACGUUUACGUGCAGUAGAAAAGUUAGUGCAAAUGCAAGGUCGUGUAACGCUUCCUGCACCAGUCAAUUAGGAGCACAUACCACAACAAACCUGUUGAUCAGCCUCCACCACCUUCAGGAGUUAAUCCUCUCAGUGAGCACAACUAUGCAACACUAUAAAACUAACUU